CGCCUAUCGGCCCGAGCUCAGGGACCCUGGGAUGACCCACGGCCCCGCCUCCAAGAGCUGUGGCCAUGCUUGCCCACAUCUUGGGCGUGGCAGCGGCAGACCGCGUGCCGGGGGCCCCGGAUGACCCCCACCCGGUCGUCCCCGCACCGGACUCGAACGGCCUGCUCUCGGGGCCCCCGCUGCCGAGGUCCACGCUCUGGUUCUGCCUGUUCUGGCUCCUCCCCGUUGUCGUCUACUUCCUGCUGGACUGGCUGACGCAGCAGCGCCGCCGCACCUUCCGGGGCGCACCUGCGCCGCAGGCGGGCCCAGAGCGGGGCGCGGCCGACGGGUUGGCUGCCCCGGCAGAGGGGCCCUCUGUGCUGGCUGCCUCGAUCGAGCACAGCCUGCCGCACCGCAAUGUCAAGGUGAUCGCGGGCGGGCUCGGCAAGGUCAUGGACCUGGUGGCCCGACACCACCCCUCCGAGAUCACGAUGGUGCACCCCGCGGUGGGCGGAGACGACGGUGGCCUCGUCUCGAUUUACGGCGAGCCCGAUGGCGCCGAGCCGCCGCUGCACGUCGUCGUCGACGGGCGCGAGGAGGAGGUGGUCGUCAGGCGGUUCUGCGGCCCCCCGCCGGGCCCGGGGCUGCCGGAGGUCCAGUUCCUCCUGCUGCUGCACCCGUUGUUCCUGAAGCGAUCCAGGAGGUGCCUCUACCCCAACCCGAUGACGCGGACCGAGGUCCUUGCGUUCUUCUCGCUGUGGAACCAGGCCGUGGGCGCGCUCCUCGUCCGCCACAGGCCGCGUAUCUUCCACUGCCCAGACUUCCACACGGCGGUGGCGCCGUGGUAUGCGCUCCCAGAGUACCCCGACCUGCGAUUGCUGCUGGUCUUGCACAACGCGGAGUACCAGGGUAGCAUAAGCACCGACCAGAUUCGUGGAGCCAAGGUGGACCGCAUAGCGAGCAUCUUCAACCUUUCUGCUGAUCAGGUGCAGAAGCACUUAGUAUUGGACGGACGGUUCAACAUGCUGAAAGCAGCGGUUGAUUUCUUGUUAGAACACCAGAGGGGGGUCGGGGCUUGUGCAGUCUCUGAACACUACGCCUUGGAGGUCCGGCAGCUCUACGGACUGCUGUGGCGCCUCCCAGCUGUGCAGGGCUUGGAGAACCCCAUGCUCGAGGAAGAACGUGUGGAAUACGAUGACCUACACUCCAGGAGGGCUACCGCCAAGGCUGCAAUCCAGCGUCAGCUGGGGCUCAACCAGGACCCCAGUGCCAAAAUCUUUGUGUCGCUGGGGAGGCUCGUGCGUCAGAAGGGCGUGGACCUGCUGGCCGAUGUGGCGCCCUGGCUGCUGGAGAACUAUCCGAAGGCACAGCUAAUCAUCGUUGGUCCGGUUGCUGAUGGGUUCGGCCACUACGCUGGCCACCACAUGCAGGGCCUAGCGGAGGAUGAGCGUUUCCGAGGGCGGGUGUUUGUCAAGUGCGAGUUCCAAAAGGUCGGUGACGACCUCCGUUUCGCAGCCGACUUCUGCCUGAUGCCCUCCCGGGACGAGCCGUUCGGAUACGUCGACGUGGAGUUCGCGUGGUGCGGCGCGCUGGUGGUCGGGGCGCAGGCCGGCGGGCUGGGCAAGGUGCCCGGCUUCUACUACGUGGCGCAGAACAAGGAGAACUUGAGCCGGCUCCGCCGCGAGCUGAGGAGGGCCAUAGCGCUGGCCAUGAGAGCCUCGGACGACGAGCUGCGUGCGAUGUCGGACGUGGCGGUUCGGUGCGCCUUCCCGCUCGAGGCCUGGCAGCGGCGCCUGCGCCUCCUCUACGGCGAGGUGCUUGGCGCGCGCGAGGGGCCGCCCGCCCGCCCGAGCACGGGGCCGCCGCCCGACCCGGAGCACGGCGGCCCUCGGCCGGGCCCGCAGGCCGCCACGGAGCUCUGCGCGGCCGCGCCGGGCGCCGCCCCGCCGGGGCCCGGGCCGCCGCCGCCCCAGACGCCGCGGACGCUGCCGAGGGUCAGCGCCUCGUGGGGGAGGUGGCUCGCCCACGCGCCGCAGCUGCUCCGCGGGGAGGACAUCUCGCCAGUGAGGGUCAGCCUGGUGGCGUCGCAGGAGGCCGGCGGUGGCCUGGGCUCCUUCGGAGCAGGGGCCCCCACGGCCGCAGGGGCGGACGGCGAGUUCCUGACGCAGGAGCUCUCCGAGGAGGAGCUGCAGGUGGCCAUGGCCUCCAAGAUGCACCUCAAGGGCAUCGACCAGAUCCUGGAGGCGGUGGGCUGCGAGGUGGACGAGAGCCGCGAGACCUCGGCCGCGUCCAAGUGGCUGUUGCGGCCCACCUUCGGAACGCAUCGCAUCCACUGGGUGGUGGCGUGCGGCUAUGUCAUGGCGCCCUUGGGGGAGGUGCUCACGUUCACCGUGGCCUCCGAGUGGGCCCUGCGCGCUCAGUCGAGCUGGGUGCCAGGCUGGCUCCCUGGCAAAGCGCGGGACGCGAUCAGCGGUCCGAUGGACCCGUCGCUGCUGCGUGUGAUCCUCUUCAGCACCAAUGCCCUGGCGAUGUGCAUUGGCUUGCCCUGGUGGACAUGGCUGUGCAAGAAGACAGAGCCGCGCUGGGCCCUCGCGGGGGCGCUGCUGGGGCAGCUGCUGUUGCUGGCCGGCUUCUUGCCUGUUGACCCGAACCUGUACGCCGCCGUGGCGCUGAUGUUUCUGCACGGCUUCAUCGCUGGGGCCUCUAUGCUCUUCGUCGUCUUCAACUUCAUGAUGUCGAUCCGGGCGGACGUCAGCCAGGCGGCGCUCCGCAUGGGCCGCAUGGAAACGGUGCGAUACUGCGUGUCCUGGCUCGCCACCGCGUUCGUCUACCUGGCGUCGCCGGACGGCGUGCCUGGCACCAAGGAGGACCCUCUGCCCGCCCAGGUUCUUCUCCUGGCCGCGCCCCUCGGCAUCGGCGUAGCACUCUCCGCUGGGGUGGCGGGCGCCUUGUGCCUCUUCGCGCCCCGCCCUUAUAGGGAGGACAGGUUUCCAGCCUGGGACCUCGGGCUCAUCUUCCACAAGCGGUCUUUCGUGUGCCUCGCCCUGUCUGAGUGCAUCGGUAGCCUCAUGGCGUUCCCCGCUCUCAGCUACGCCAGCUGGUGGCUCGACAACGGCUGGCAGGCCGACGAGCUGGCAGAGGUCAGCGUCGUGCUGGCCGUGGUACUCGCGAUCGGCGUCAUGAUCUGGGCGCAAGUGUUGAGCCUAGCCUCAGUGCACGGCUUUUCCUUGCUGAUCAGUGUCGCCGUCUUUUUGCUGCCACCGAGCUUGCUGGCGGCACUUUGCCAGAUGGAGGUGUCUUCCUUCGAGUACCGCGGCCGCUCCUACGGUGCGCUGGCGGUCUGCGCGCUCACGCUCCUGCUGCAGGGCAUGCAGUCCUCCGCCAUCUGGGCGGCAAAAAUCCGUAUCCUUGGCAGCAGAUGGCGGCUCCUGAGCUACUGCACGGUGCUGCUGUGCGCCUCGCAGUUCUGCACCUUCCUGUCGCCCAUCGUCUGCGAGUACAUCGCCAGGCAGUACUCGGUCUCGUUCAUGACGCGCAACCAGGCGGAACUUGCAACUGCGGUUGCAGCGUGCGUGGUGCCGCUGGGCGUUGCGCAGUACUUAGCCCAGCUCGCAGCGGCGCCUUUCAUUCACGGCGACAUGGGCAGCGCGCGGCACCGCCUCCACGAGGCGGUGUACUGUAGCAGCAUUUGCAGACCGCGGGCGUUCGCGGCUAGGCGACCCAUCUUCCUCGCAGCCGCCAUAGGCGGUGGCCUCUUGGCAUGGCUAGCCCGAACCGAAUAUCUCUGGCUGGACGCUCCACUACCUUUUGAUCCCGUGCGCAAAUGCCACCAGCUGCCAGAGCAGUGGGUCGGCGUGGGCUGCCGGGAGUUGGCCACGAAAUCGCACAUAGACUUUGGUUUGAACGAAUUCGGCCAGGACACGAGCGCCAAGAUGGCGUGCCACGAAAUGAUGAGAAAGGAGAGCGGUGACACUUUCGAGCUGCGGGAUGUCAUGUGGUACGGCGGCACAUGCCGUGUGCUGGCGUGCGCGUCCAAGGAAAGGCUGAUGGAAGCCCACGGCGGGCCAGUCCGGGGCGACGUGUACUCUCAGCACUGCACCCUCUUCGGGCAGAACCUCGUCGUGGUGCAUCUGUUCGAAUGGCGCUGGUCGGACAUUGCCAAGGAGUGCACCGCCUACCUAGGACCCGCUGGUUUCGAUGCCGUUCAAGUGUCCCCUCCGAUGGAGCACGCCUUGGGCUCGCCGUGGUUCACCCGUUACCAGCCAGUGUCUUACAAGCUGGACUCGCGCUCGGGUACCGAGACAGAGUUCAUCGACAUGGUCAGAACGUGCCGCAAUGCCGGAGUUUCAAUCAUGGUUGACACUGUCAUCAAUCACAUGGCUAGCAAAGUGCUGGUUUGGCCAGAGAGCGACAACAUCGAUAAGCCGUUUGAGUGCGACGAGACCGCGGGGCCUGCAAGUAACCUGAAGUGCGAGGGAUGGAGUGGCACGCGGUACGGCGACAGGCAUUUCUGGGAGGGCAACGCAUCGUACUUGCCAGAGGAAUUCCACCAUUACUCCGGCACUGUCCGCUCGAACUGCGCUCUGCCGCCAUGGACAAACAACCGGCACCUUUGCGACCUCCAGGGUCUACCAGACCUGGACACGGAGCAGAAGCGGGUUGUCGAGAAGCUCACGAAGAUGCUGGCCAGGCUGUACGAGAUCGGUGUGACCAUGCUGCGCGUCGACGCCGCCAUGCUGAUCUACCCUGUGUCGACUGCCCAGAUCCUGCAGACACUACCCUGGGACUACGUCGUCCAGGAGAGUACUACCCCGACGUUCUCCAGGCGGAGAAGAGGACUUUGA